CGGACGCGAAUCUAGUCCCUCCAAGAACUGACGGAGCAGGUGCAGCACCUAUCAUCACAGGGACAAGAACUCCAACCGCCCAAGGGGAAAGUGGACCACAGCUGACCACAGUCACCGGUUCUACUGCGUAUCCAAACUUUGUCGAGCCACCCGCUAUAUUAGGCCAAGAGAAGAGUCUAUCGUGAGAAAAAAGUGGUUCACUGUAAGGAUUUUGCAAGUUUUGCAUCACAAGUUUGUUCUACAUCACAGAGAAAAUUUGCCAUGCAAGAUUUCUAAGGGAAAGCACAGCUAAAAAUUACUGUCUUGCAUGUGUAGCAAGACAAAUACUUCUCAGAUGCAUUUUCUGCAUUACAAGUUUACAGUGAAACAGUUUUUUCUUGCGAUAGAGUCGAGAGCCUAGCGACACGCUAGUGUACGGCACGCUGCACCACUUGCAAAAUUACCGGAAAUAUCAAAUGUAAAAAUGUCUGGGUCUGGAAGAAUGCGCGACUUGUCAUGCAGAUUUCGGCUCAUGCAAAUGGCGUCUGAUGCAGGCAAAAGCAUCACAGGUUUUGAGCACGCAUCAUGAUGCCUGUACCGCAUGAGAAACUUCCUACUUGCGUGCCAAGAAAUGGACAGCUUUUGGCGCUCAUGCAACAUAAGUUUUUGUGUGUUCCACGGUUUGCAUCACAAGUUCCAACCCUUCGAGACCCAGACACUUUUACAUUUGAUAGGAAAAAGGAGAAGAAGCCGCCCGCUGGCGCGUCGACGAGGAUGUUGCGGCCAAGUCCGGUCGCGCUCGGAACGACGGCCGAAGACGCAGAGCAGAUCGGCUUGCCUUAUGCAUGGCAAAUAUGUCUGGGUCUGGAAAGCUGCAACUUGUAAUGCUGGCCUUACAUUCCUGUGAAAUCUUCUGUAUUGCAUGACCAACAAAAGUCGCAGCCAUUUUUGUCGUGCAGGAACGCAGCUUCUCUUCAUGCGGGCUGCCUAUGAGAAAGAGUCCUGGAAAGGUGUCAUGCUGGGCUGCAUUCGGACGUGUUUUCAUCAUCCACAUUUUAGCAUCACAAGUUUCCAGAGCCAGACAUAUUUGCAUUUGAUAUACCUUUGUAUCAAACCAUUGUGGAGCCCGAUCGGUAUUGGACGACAAAGCCGCAGCAAGGUAGCCCGGAUGCAGUGGUGCUUCCUCAUUCAACAUCUUCUGCUGCGAAUGUAAAAGUGGCAACUUCUACCCAAAAGCGCAACCCGCUUCCGCCGGCCAUCCCGGUGUUCGCGGUCCUUCCCUCGUCCGUGGUACAAUGGCGCGCCAGAGCGCUGUUCGUUGCUGCCUGGCACGAGUGCAGUCGAGAGGAAGUUGUUAGCGCACAGCUCCACGUGGUUGAUACAGUGGCGCAUCCGCAGGCGGGGACCACGACAGGGACAGCAGCAGGGGAUCAUGAUAAAAGAAAAACUAUGGCUGACAAACCUGCCAAGACCGGCACAGCCGUCCAGCGAGCUGCCCGGGCCCUACUGAAUAGCAACAUGCAGAGGUGGCAGCGUGCGGUGAACGAUUGUUGCUUUCCGAUUUUCCCCGCCAUCGGCUGUUUUCGCAACGUGCGCUUCUUCGACAGUAGCACGAUGGUGCUUGCGGUGAAACGAAAUCACGUACGCGUUGUGGAGCUAAUCGUCCGAGAGUGGUUGCGAACCUGGGCACAAGUGUCUCGAAAUAUCAACCGAAAUGCCUGCAGCUCCGACGAACGAACUACCCAGAGUGGAAGAAAGAAAAAGGGGGCCGCCGCGAAAUUAUUGCAAGUCCAGGAACGGUUCGCGUUGCAAUUGCUCGUGCAGAAUUCGCACGCCGGACACAGCCCUCUCUCCCUAGCCAUCGAAUGCGGGGCAGAGGAUGUCGUGAAGUUUUUCUUGCGCGCGGGUUCUUGGUCCCAGGAGGCUGC